AUGUCGACAACCACUCACGGACGCCGUGGCGCCAUCGAUUACCCAAUAACUGAGAGGGCCAUGGCGCCGUAUACACCGUCCCGAGCGCCUCCUUUUCCCGAGCUCGAUGCCGCCCGCGUGUGCCCGCCCCCUCCUCGUCACUUGGCCACGCCCCGGCCUCCAUUGCACCCAGCGCGCGACGCUGCUCUACGCGGCCCCUGCUCCGUGUCGUUGGCUGCUGUCCCGUCGAUUGGCCACGUCGACGGCCUCGGCGCCACCGAGCUGUUCGACCGCCUCCUGCCCACCAUGCCCUGGAACACCCUCAUCGACACCGUCAUGGGGGAGCUGCACGCGCGGGGCAAGACUCUCCACGACGUCGCCGAGGUGCUGAGGGCGGCGCCCAUCGACCCGCACGUCGUCGCCGCCAUCAAGGCCGCCUACGGCCUCGGCUGCGACCUCAGGGUCCUCUGCAACGCCAAACGCUUCUUCAUCGAGACCAUCCUUGACCACCACGGCCUCCGGGGCUACUUCUCCGAGAUCAACACCAACCCGAGCCGCAUCGACGUCGACGGCCGCCUCCGCAUCGCGCCGCACCACGACUACCACACCGGCCCGCACGGCUGUGGCCUCGGCACCUGCCCGCCCAACAUGUGCAAGGGCCAGGUGCUCGACCGCACCCGUGUUGGCAUUUCGUCGAAAACACUAAGCGCGGUGGCGACGAAGACCCUGAGCGCGGCGGCCGGCCUUGGCAUAGGCGUCUGCUAG